CAGCAGCUGAGGGAGCUAUUUCCCAUUCCACUCGUUCAAUCCGCGGGACCCAACCAACCAGCAACAUAAGGUACAUACAUAUAUCGCAAAGACGGCGCUGACUGUUUCUUUGUCUUAUUCUUACACAGCAUUUCUAACUUUUCAUCUUUAUAUACCUUGUCCUUCCCUAUAAAGUUCACUCCCCAACCGACGCAAACGGUUGUUCCUCUUGACCAAACCUUGUCGCAUUCGAAGCUUCUAUCUGCCCCGCAUCCAAGAUCAUAUCAGGACAGACACCAUGUCGGACCUCCAAGGACGGAAGGUCUUCAAGGUCUUUAACCAGGACUUUAUUGUCGACGAGCGCUACACGGUCACCAAGGAGCUUGGACAGGGAGCCUACGGUAUCGUCUGUGCCGCCGUUAACAACCAAACCAACGAGGGCGUCGCCAUCAAGAAGGUCACCAAUGUCUUCAGUAAGAAGAUCCUCGCCAAGCGCGCUCUGCGCGAGAUAAAGCUGCUUCAGCACUUCCGAGGCCACCGCAACAUCACAUGUUUGUACGACAUGGACAUUCCUCGACCCGAUAACUUCAACGAGACGUAUCUGUACGAGGAGCUGAUGGAGUGUGAUUUGGCUGCUAUCAUUCGAUCUGGCCAGCCUCUUACCGAUGCCCAUUUCCAAUCCUUUAUCUACCAGAUCCUUUGUGGUCUCAAGUACAUUCACUCCGCCAAUGUGCUCCACCGAGAUCUCAAGCCCGGAAACUUGCUCGUCAAUGCCGACUGUGAGCUCAAGAUUUGUGAUUUCGGUCUUGCCCGAGGUUUCUCAGUCGAUCCCGAGGAGAAUGCAGGAUACAUGACCGAGUACGUUGCUACCCGAUGGUACCGUGCGCCCGAGAUCAUGUUGAGCUUCCAGAGCUACACCAAAGCGAUUGAUGUUUGGUCUGUUGGUUGUAUUCUUGCUGAGUUGUUGGGUGGCCGACCUUUCUUCAAGGGCCGUGACUACGUCGACCAGCUCAACCAGAUUCUUCACAUUCUUGGAACUCCUAACGAAGAGACCCUCUCUCGCAUUGGCUCACCCCGUGCUCAGGAAUACGUUCGCAACCUACCUUUCAUGCCCAAGAAGCCAUUCCCUAGCCUGUUCCCUCAGGCCAACCCUGACGCUCUCGACCUUCUCGACAAGAUGCUCGCCUUCGACCCCUCAUCUCGUAUUAGUGUAGAGCAAGCUCUCGAGCACCCUUACCUCCACAUCUGGCACGAUGCCUCAGAUGAGCCCGACUGCCCUACCACAUUCAACUUCGACUUCGAGGUCGUUGAGGAUGUUGGCCAGAUGAGAGGCAUGAUCCUGGACGAGGUGAUGCGAUUCCGACAGACUGUUCGCACUGUUCCCGGCCAAGGUGGCCCCGCUGGUCUCCAGAACCAGCAGGGUGUCCCCGUUCCUCUGCCUCAGGGCAACAGCCAAUGGACAGCGGAGGACCCUCGUCCACAGGAGUAUCAGGGCCAUGGAAACACGGGGCUCGAGCAGGAUCUUCAGGGAGGACUGGAUGCCUCUAGGAGAUAAGGAAACAUAUUCGCGUAUGAUAAAAGUCGGAUAGUGUCUUAGAGGAGGUUCAAAGACAUCGCUUCAAGUUCAAAAAGAGAGAGAUGCUUUAGGAAAGGGAAACAAGGACAAGUCUUGGUGAUUUCAAGAAUUUAAUGCCUGAUACGAGGAGGAUAAGUGAGGGAGGAUUCAGCUUCAAGAAGCUGAUGUGGCAUGCUUGUACAUGGGUUGAGCAGCGAUUCCCUCGUCUUCAAUUUCCAUGUCUAUUUUUCCAAACGAGAAACAAGAUGAAUACGAUAUUUCUUUAUCUGUUA